AUGACUUUCAUCGAUACCGUCGUGCCUGCAGCGCAGUGGGCAUCGCAGGUGCUUUCCAUCGUCUCGCUGAUUCCUGUGCUGGUGGCGGUGGGCGCGCGACCGCGGAAUGCGGUCUACGUGUCGGCCGAGUCCCUCACACUGCUCGCCUUGUCGUCGCUUGUCUGGUCCUUCAGCCUCGGCCCAGCCCAGCUUUACCUUGCUCUGGUAGUGGCUACACUUGUGCUCGUGUAUCGACACCAGCGUUCCAUCUUUAUUCCUCUGCCAUUGCCGUCGAAGGGCGCAACCGAGGAGGACGAGGUGGAAAAGGCGCUGACAGAGACACCGUUGCGUCGCUUCCCGUACGACGCCAAAUUGGUGGUGUCCAACACAGUCGCAGCGGUGGUACUGUCGUUUUUUAGCUCCAACGAGUCGCUAGCUACACAUGCCAUCCAUGUUGUCGCGGGUGAACCUGUCGGCUCAACCCUCGCACAAGCAGUCGAGUUCCAGCUCACCUGGUUGGCCGCCAUGCUCGCAUUGCACGCAACAAUGAUGCAGGCAUUCCGCGUCCUCAUGCUCUACGGAUUCCACCCCUCCAAAACUCCCCACCAAGACCCCCUGCACUUCACCCACACCCACAACGAGAAGCAGAGCAAGCCCAAGCUGCCCGCAUUCGUCACAGCCUGGAUCGCACUCUCCAUCGCUCGAGCAGCUGCUUCCGCUAUUGUGCUCACAAGCAGCUUGAUCGACGACCAACAGCACAUCUCGAGCCACGUCGGCGUGUUUGCGUUGACCGCCAUGCAGCCUUUCAUGUGGGCAGGCGUCGUUGUAGCCAUCAAGAUCCGAAACGCCCGAACCCGAAACCAAACCCUCAGCCCGUCCUUAAGUCCAUAA